CGCGCCGAAAGGUGGAGGGCCCAAACUCUAGGUUAAUAAUUGAAAAAAAAAGAAAAAAAAAAGAAAAAAGGAAGUUGCAAAAGCAAUAAAAGUGAGGACUUCUCCCAAAAGGCGAGAAGUGGGAAAUGAUUAGAUGGUUGUUGUCUUGAUUUGUAGCCUAGUUGAUUUGAGUUUGUAAGUCCGUUGGGGUGUUUUAACACCUAAUACCCUAAAGCCAUCUGGUUUGGGAGUCAUUGACCUAAAGCUCGCUACAUGAAUCUUCUAGAAAGCUUAAGAGAUCAACACAUUAUACAAUAUUUCCUUGUUUCGAUUUUCAUGGUUUAUAUAGUAUAUGUUGGAGAACAUAGCGGGGAGAAAACGUUACAUGAAAUUGAAGAAGCCCAUCACUUGUAUCUUCUCUCAGUAAAGAAUUCUAAAGAAGAAGCAAAAGCUUCCCUUAUUUACAGUUACAAGAACAUCAUUAAUGGCUUCUCAGCAUUGCUCACCCCAGACGAAGCUGCAAAGUUAUCAGAAAAGGAAGAAGUGAUUUCAGUGUUUCGAAGCCGUCCAAGAAGAUACAGUCUUCAAACCACAAGAUCAUGGGAUUUUGUAAACUCACUUGAAGCAGCAGGAGAUUCAUUGAACAAUGCAAAUAAUUUCGGAGAAUUACAGCAUAAAGCAAAUUAUGGAAAAGAUGUCAUUGUUGGGGUCUUGGAUAGUGGUGUAUGGCCAGAGUCGCAGAGUUUCAGUGACGAAGGGAUGGAGCCAAUUCCAAAUUCAUGGAAAGGAAUCUGUCAACAUGGAGUUGCCUUCAACCAAUCUCAUUGUAAUAGAAAAUUAAUAGGUGCUAGAUACUAUUUAAAGGGUUAUGAAGCAUACUAUGGUCGUCUCAACGAUACAGAGGACUAUAGGUCACCCCGUGACAAGAAUGGCCAUGGAACCCACACAGCUUCUACAGUUGGAGGCCGACAAGUUCCUAACAUUGCAAUGUUUAAUAGAUUCGCCAAUGGUACAGCCUCCGGUGGUGCCCCACUCGUGCGUCUUGCCAUCUACAAAGUAUGUUGGCCGAUCCCAGGGAAGCCUAAAGGGAAUGGAAACACCUGCUUUAAUGAAGACAUGAUUGCAGCCUUCGAUGAUGCCAUUGCCGAUGGUGUUGAUGUGCUUAGCAUCUCCAUCGGGGCAUCCAAUCUUACUCCAUACACAGAAGAUGGGAUUGCAAUUGGGGCAUUACAUGCCAUGAAGAGAAACAUUGUUGUGGCAUGUAGUGCUGGCAACACUGGCCCUGCCUCAUCAACUGUCAAAAAUGUGGCACCAUGGAUCCUCACUGUUGGGGCAAGUAGCAUAGACCGAGUCUUUAGCUCGCCUGUUGUGUUAGGAAAUGGCAUGAAAAUUGAGGGACAAACGAUAACCCCAUAUAAGUUGCACAAUAUGUACCCACUGGUCUAUGCAGGAAAUGGAGAACUACCUGGCACAGUUACGAAUAGAACAACGGGACAAUGCCUUCCUGGUAGCCUCUCCCCAGAUUUAAUGAAAGGAAAGAUUAUUUUUUGCUUGAGUGGAAACAUUGGAAAUGCUGAAAAAGGUUUGGUGGUGAAAAGAGCUGGGGGUGUUGGUAUGAUUGUAGAGAACCCUGAGAAUGGCAUCGGAAUAUUAGUUAAUGCUCAUUUACUUCCUGGAACAACAAUAUUUUCCAACGAUUCAGCUACAAUUCUCAAUUACAUAAGCACUGAUAAGAAUCCAAUGGCAACAAUAAUCCCAGCGCGAACAGUUCUUAACACUAAGCCAGCACCAUUCAUGGCAGCUUUCUCGUCCAGAGGUCCAAACGGCCUUGAUCCUAAUAUUCUCAAGCCUGACAUUACUGCUCCAGGAUUAAAUAUCUUGGCAGCAUGGAUUGAGGACACCUCCCCCACAUAUUUGGCUGAUGAUCAUCGAGUAGUCAAGUACAACAUUCUCUCUGGCACUUCCAUGUCCUGCCCUCAUGUGGCUGCUGCAGCUGCACUCGUCAAAGCCAUACACCCUGAUUGGAGCAGUGCGGCUAUAAAAUCUGCUCUAAUGACCACUGCCGGAGUAAACAAUAACAUGGGGACGCAGAUGACAGAUGCAUUAGGGAAUCUCGCAACCCCCUUCCAGUAUGGAGCUGGCCACUUCCAACCAACAAAAGCAGCUGAUCCUGGUCUUGUUUACGACACCACUUACAGGGACUACCUUAUCUUCCUCUGCAAUUUUAGUACUGGUGUCAAUAAAUUUGAACCAUCAUUUCAGUGCCCAGAGCAAUUGCCUUCAUCAAGCAAUCUAAACUACCCAUCCCUUGCAAUUGCCAAACUCAAUGGCACCAUGACUGUGAACAGGACUGUCACAAAUGUCGAUAGCAGUGGAGGUGUGUACACUUUGACAAUCGAAAAACCAGUUGGAUAUUUGGUAGAGAUCUCUCCAACAAUUUUACAAUUUAACCAUUUAGGGGAGAAGAAGAAGUUCACCAUUACAGUCAAAGAAGAAAGUGGGAUGAAUAAAACAGGUGAAUAUGCAUUUGGUUGGUAUGUGUGGAGUGAUGGGAUUCAUAUAGUAAAAAGUCCCAUUGCAGUGUCCUCAGCAUAG